AUGAACAAGGCUCAGGUGCACGAAUGGCUUAUAGCUAGCUCUCCAAGUCCUGAGAGCUUGGAGCCUGGUCCCUGCACUACGGCCCCCGCAAAGAAGGGUGGUGAGAAGAAAGGCCAUUCUGCCAUCAACGACGUGGAGACCAGAGAGUCCACCACCAACAUUCACACGCGCAUCCCUGGAGUGGGAUUUAAGAAGCGGGCUCCUCGGGCACUGAAGAGGAUCUGGAAAUUUGCCGUGAAGGAGAUGGGAACACCAGAUGUUCGCAGCAACCCCAGGCUUAGCAAAGCUGUCGGGGCCAAAGGAAUAAGGACUGUCCCAAACCGCAUCCAUGCACGGUUGUCUAGAAAACGUAAUGACGAUGAAGAUUCUCCAAACAAGCUGUGUACACUGGUUACCUAUGGACCUGUCACCACUUUCAAAACUCUACAGACUGUCAAUGAGGAUGAAAACUAA